GAUAACACAUUACAGUCGAUUACAAUGGCGGGUGUGCACGACACAUGAUUAACCUCUUUGAUGUUCCGUUAGCAGCGAAUUCGCCCUUUCACUUGGCGCGCGCUGUUGACGUUUCGCGCGACGUUUCGUACGGAUGUAGUCACGUUAUCUCAUUCUUCUUUUUAACGCGUGGAAUACACGUCACAAGUGUAAUAACGGAAUUUCCGAAUUAUUCCGAUUAUAACGAACGAAAAUGUAUCUUUUUGCAAGUUUAAUGCUUGUCGCGCGUUACGUUAUUGCAACAUUGAUCAACGUAUUACGCGGACCAUCUCUCCGGGAAUCAUAUUUACGGUAUAUGAGAUAGACGAAGAAAGAGAAUACACAACAUAAAAAGAUCUUCGUAAAAUCAUACGAUAUAUCUUGCGAUAUCACGCGAAGAGACACGAUGCUACAAAUCGCGGUGUCGCAUUGAAAGAGCUCAGUUGGUAGCCGACGAACGAACGAGUGAACAGCAAGGGAAAAAAAAACAGCAAGUUUUCGCGUUUCGUCGAACACGUUUGAAGGCAUUUGGAAAAAAUGGCAGCAAAGGCGAUUCGAGAGGUAACUGGAAAAGAUCUGAUCAAUCGCAAAUUUCCUCCUGGAACAAAAGUAGCAAAGUGCAGAUUUGUACCUAUUACGGAAAAUAUAAAUUGGACCGACGUCGCCAGCGAACAUUCGUGGCUUAAAACAGAGAGACUAGUAGUUAAACCGGAUCAGUUGAUCAAACGCAGGGGGAAACUCGGAUUGAUCAAGGUAAAUGCGGAUUUGUCUAUAGUACAAGAAUGGGUUUCGCAACGCAUGAACAAGGAGCAACGCGUAGGCAAGGCGACUGGAAAGUUGAAAACAUUUAUAAUCGAGCCGUUCGUGCCGCACAAACCAGAAGAAGAAGCUUACGUCUGUAUCUAUUCUCAUCGUAAAGCUGAUACGAUAUUAUUUCAUCACCAAGGAGGCGUCGAUAUCGGUGAUGUUGAUGCUAAGGCUUUAAAAUUAGACAUUCCGGUUGGCGACGAGUUACCCGAUCGAUCAACAUUGAUCGAUAAGCUUCUGACGAAUGUGAUGGACGAUAAAAAAGCGGUGAUCGCCGAAUUCAUCGAAUCUCUCUACAAGUUUUACGUUAAUUUAUAUUUUACAUAUUUGGAGAUUAAUCCGCUCGUGGUAACGGAUACAGCGAUUUAUGUACUUGACCUGGCGGCCAAGCUGGACACCACGGCGGAUUUCAUAUGUAGACCCGACUGGGGAGAAAUCGACUAUCCACCGCCAUUUGGGAGGGACGCUUACCCGGAGGAAGCGUACAUUGCCGAUUUGGAUGCCAAAUCCGGCGCCAGUCUGAAGCUAACGAUUCUCAAUCCGAACGGUCGCAUAUGGACGAUGGUUGCCGGUGGUGGUGCGUCCGUGAUAUAUUCGGAUACGAUUUGCGACUUGGGUGCAGCCGAUGAGCUGGCCAAUUACGGCGAGUACUCUGGCGCGCCCAGCGAACAACAAACUUACGAAUACGCAAAGACGAUACUGAGUUUAAUGACGAAAGAGAAGCGUACCGACGGGAAAGUACUUAUUAUAGGAGGUGGAAUCGCCAAUUUUACCAACGUAGCCGCGACAUUUAAAGGCAUUGUUAAGGCUCUCCAGGAAUAUCAACCUAAAUUGGUGGAGUACAGUAUAAAAAUUUUUGUAAGAAGAGCCGGACCUAAUUAUCAAGAGGGCUUGAGGAUAAUACGGGAAGUUGGCAGACGCCUAGGAAUUCCCGUUCAUGUAUUCGGUCCCGAGACACAUAUGACUGCUAUAUGCGCUAUGGCGCUAGGGAAGAAACCAAUUCCCGAUCCAGAAGCUCAAGAAUUUUCAACCGCCAACUUUUUGUUACCUUCGGGCCAAGACAUCGGGCCGUCAUCUUCGUCAUCCAAAAGUAAUUCGCAUUCCCCAUUAGAGCAGCCUAAACUAAAGACCGCAGAUACAGUAGAUUCAGCCGACGACAGACAACUUUUCAACGAUAAAACGAAAUCCAUCAUUUGGGGCAUGCAAACGAGAGCUGUACAGAGCAUGUUGGAUUUCGAUUUCGUUUGCCGAAGAUCUGAGCCGUCCGUUGCUGCUAUCGUUUAUCCUUUCACCGGCGAUCAUAAGCAAAAAUUUUAUUGGGGUCACAAGGAGGUUCUCAUUCCUGUUUAUAAACAAAUGAAAGACGCUAUGACUAAGCACAAGGACGCCGAUGUAAUGGUCACGUUUGCCUCUUUAAGAUCUGCUUACGAAAGCACCAUGGAAACGCUGCAGUUUCCCCAAAUUAGGACGAUCGCUAUAAUCGCGGAAGGUAUACCUGAAAAUAUGACUAGAAAACUGAUUUUAACGGCGCAACGAAAGAAUGUGACAAUCAUCGGGCCGGCGACUGUGGGAGGUGUGAAGCCGGGUUGCUUCAAGAUCGGCAAUACCGGUGGAAUGAUGGACAAUAUACUUCAUAGCAAGUUGUACAGGCCCGGCAGUGUCGCUUAUGUUUCUCGAUCCGGUGGAAUGUCGAACGAGUUAAAUAAUAUAAUCUCGAAAGCUUCCAAUGGCGUACUGGAAGGUGUCGCAAUCGGUGGGGAUCGUUAUCCGGGAACCACUUUCAUGGAUCACAUAAUGCGAUAUCAAAACGACUCGGAGGCGAAACUGAUAAUAUUGCUCGGAGAGGUCGGUGGCGUCGAAGAGUACGAAGUGUGCGAAGCAUUGAAAACAGGCAGGAUCACCAAGCCGUUGGUAGCUUGGUGCAUCGGCACUUGCGCCAGUAUGUUCAGUUCUGAAGUUCAGUUCGGCCACGCUGGUUCCAUCGCGCAUACCAAUCUUGAGACUGCUUCUGCGAAAAACGCGGCGUUGCAGGCUGCCGGCGCAUACGUCCCGGACAAUUUCGACAAUCUCGGCGAUCUCAUACAAACCGUUUACGAACAGUUGGUGAAAGAUGGCACGAUAGUACCGGAACCCGAAGUUCCACCGCCGACAGUGCCGAUGGAUUACAAUUGGGCCCGAGAGCUCGGCUUGAUACGUAAACCAGCGUCAUUUAUGACGUCGAUUUGCGACGAACGCGGACAGGAGCUGUUAUACGCCGGUAUGCCUGUAACUGAGGUAUUGAAGCAAAACGUCGGCAUCGGUGGCGUCGUCUCGCUUCUCUGGUUUCAGCGUUGCUUACCCCCAACUUACUGCAAGUUCCUCGAAAUGUCGCUCAUGUUAACGGCCGAUCAUGGCCCGGCUGUUUCCGGAGCUCACAAUACGAUCGUUUGCGCGCGCGCUGGCAAAGAUUUAGUCAGCUCUCUCGUCUCAGGACUCCUCACUAUCGGUGAUCGUUUUGGCGGUGCCUUAGACGGCGCGGCUCGUAUGUUUUCCGAGGCGUACGACGCCGGUCUACAUCCGCAAGAAUUUGUCAAUAAUACGCGCAAAAAGGGCAAGCUGAUCAUGGGCAUCGGUCAUCGUGUCAAGUCCAUCAAUAAUCCGGACAUGCGCGUCAAGCUCAUCAAGGAGUACGUGUUGGAGAACUUCCCGGCGAAACCCUUGGUUGAGUACGCGCUGGAGGUUGAGAAGAUCACGACCAGCAAGAAGCCUAAUUUAAUUCUUAAUGUGGACGGUAUUAUCGCCUGUGCUUUCGUCGACAUGCUACGAAACAGUGGUACUUUUACGAGAGAAGAGGCGCAGGAAUAUAUCGAAAUAGGUGCCAUAAAUAGCUUGUUUGUCCUUGGCCGGAGCAUUGGGUUUAUCGGUCACUACAUGGACCAGAAGAGAUUAAAGCAAGGUCUCUACCGUCAUCCGUGGGAUGACAUUUCUUACGUGCUACCCGAGCAGUACAAUUAAAGAUGACCGAAUAACGCAAUGUUAAAUGUCGUUACAAUUAUGUUUGAAGACUGGAAGAUGGAUACAGUGUGAACAAAGACGCGGAGAAGCAGGUGUCUCGAUGUGCACGCGUGCUACGCACGUAGAAGAGCAGCACCUCUCAUUUUUCAGAGGAGAUAUUUUUUUGUAUUAGCUCUCGAAAUUUCUUUUUAGCAAUCACCCAAAUAAUCGGGGAGAGGGCGUCAAAUCGGACGAUUGCAAGAAUUCUUUAACACGACGCGUCCCUGACACGCAAUUAUAGUCUAUUUGGGUACAAAUUUGAAACAAUUCUACUCGAAAUGGUUAUCAAACGCAUUCCAUAGUGUGCAUUUUUUGCUUUACUAUUAGCAGAAAGUUUUAGCGGAUGGCGAUCGUCCGAUGUUUGCUUGGAAACUAAUUAACUAACACGAUUUUUUAAUCGAAACUAUCGUUGGUAUCGUUAUAGAUUAUAAGCCGUGGGAACGUAUCACGAUGUUAUUAAUCUUGUGCACAACUCAAAUACAACUUGCAAAGAAAGUAGACUAUGCUGUAUGUUAUUAAAAGAAAAAAAAAUAUAUAUAUAUAUAUACAUAAUA